CUCUUUGUUUUAAACUCCGGACGGGUUUUUUUCUCCUCCUCUUGGGGGGCACCCGGAGGGAGCGGCGCCCCCUCUGCCGCGCUCGGCUCGGUCCCCGCGUGCGCCCCGCUCGCCCGCGGCCCGGAGAUCGCAGGCUUUCAAGAUGUAGUGAGAGAUUCCAGGCUGUCAUCUGCAGAAAAUGGGAAGAAAGCAAGGGGCAGAAGGAAGGUGCAGAAGUGAAGAUCCCGAGCGCAGCGUGAAGCCGCCGACAAGGCCGGGCAGAGCCAGCAGAGGGGCCUGAGGCAGCACGGGCAGGACGCCGGACGCCAGACGUCGGACGUGGGCUGCGGGAGAGAAGCCAAAGAUGUUGACCAGAAAGAUUAAGCUCUGGGACAUAAACGCCCACAUCACCUGCCGCCUGUGCAGCGGAUACCUCAUUGACGCGACAACGGUGACCGAGUGUCUGCACACCUUCUGCCGGAGCUGCCUGGUGAAGUACCUGGAGGAGAACAACACGUGUCCCACCUGCCGGAUCGUCAUCCACCAGAGCCACCCGCUGCAGUACAUCGGUCAUGACAGAACCAUGCAAGACAUUGUGUACAAGCUGGUGCCGGGCCUCCAAGAAGCGGAAAUGAGGAAACAGAGGGAAUUCUAUCACAAGCUAGGCAUGGAGGUGCCCGGAGACAUCAAGGGGGAGCCUUGCUCUGCGAAACAGCACUUAGAUUCCCACCGGAACGGUGAAACCAAAGCAGACGACAGUUCCAACAGAGGAGCGGCGGAGGAGAAGCCGGAGGAGGACGGGGACUAUCACAGGAGUGACGAGCAGGUGAGCAUCUGCCUGGAGUGCAACAGCAGCAAACUGCGGGGGCUGAAGCGGAAGUGGAUCCGCUGCUCCGCCCAGGCCACGGUCUUGCAUCUGAAGAAGUUCAUUGCCAAAAAGCUUAAUCUCUCAUCCUUUAAUGAGCUGGACAUAUUAUGCAAUGAAGAAAUCCUCGGCAAGGACCACACGCUCAAAUUUGUAGUUGUCACUAGAUGGAGAUUCAAGAAGGCGCCUCUCCUGCUGCAUUACCGGCCCAAGAUGGACUUGCUGUGAGGGUCGGGGGCCCUCGGGAGCAGCGGCCGCAGACUUUGCCUGCUCCUGGGGCUCCUGGGCAGGUGGGCCGGCAGGACCCUUGGGCGGCCGCCGGAGAACGCUGCCCAGGGCGUGCGGACCAGGUUUCUGAAUAGAGUAUUUAUCACCUUUUGUAUGAGAGAAUCCCCAACUCAACGAGACACUACCAGCACCACGUUUACAGAUGAAAACACUUCGCAGUGUCACGCAGCCGAGCGGCCUCCUCUCUCCCGCCCCACGGCCCGAGUCUCGGCUGGAGCGCGGCGCGCCCGGGAGAAGCCGCCUUCCUGGCACACACGGCUUUGCUUGCUUUCCAGGUCUUGAAAAUCUCAAUUCGUUUCAGUUUAGUUAUGAAUUAGGUUUUGUGAUAAGCCUCAAAAAUACUUUGACUUUUAUUGAAUCCUCCUAAGUUAUUGAAAAAUUCCUUUUUCAUGGUGAAUGACAAUAUUUAUGUUGCCUUUAACUUCCUGAAGACUUAGAAAGUAUAUAAAAAUUUAACUUAAAAGCAUACCAAAAGAGGUUCCCGUCACUGCUAUGAUUAAGCCCGGUGUUUAAGUUUCCACGUUGUAAGAUCGGGCAGAGCAGUAGCUCCCCACCUGCCUGGUUCAGGGGUCUUGGGCCUGAGGCUCCUUCACCCCAGGACAUACCUCCGAUCGCUGACGGCCCCAGCCCGGAAGGGGUUUCACCAACGUGUCACUGGUUUGCAGAACAAUUCUUGUUUUUAAAAACCACUUUUAUUAUUGAAAGGGUAUAAAUUGUCCAAUUUCCCAUUUAUUCGUUCCCAGUUUCAUUUUGCGGAAGACAGGUUGUGAUGCUUUGCUGUGUCUUCGGAGCCUGACUCAGCAGGUGCAUUUCCCAGCAGGUGCCACCAGGCUGUCCAAUCUGGGGUGAUACUUGUGGGUGAGAGCCGGCAAGUUCACAGGCCCCCGCUGCCUGUCCGGCUUGGAUUCCGAGCACAUCCCGCCUUCAGAGGCAGGCAGGGAUCUGGGUGAGUUCCCGGCUCCAUGGCUCCGAGCACGCUGGGGGCUGGGCAGGCAGGUCGGUUGGCUCGGGCGGAAAGUCGUUCCUGGUCGGUACGUGUUGCUUUUCCAGCUACUUAAUAACCCAAAAACACCCGUCACAGUCAGUUUGCACUUUGUUAGCCCCUCUCUCCUCCCAAUUGUUAAUAUUUUUGUCAAAUUAGAAAAUAAACCAUUUUCCAGCACAUAAACAUUUGUUCCUUUAAGUCAACAAUGUAGACUGCAUAGAGGCAAGGGGAAGAGAAGGGGCCCAUCUUCCGGGCAGUCCAGGCCCCCCUGGCCUUUCCACUAUGGGCGUUUGCCUGGAUGUCCUGCGUCUGCCUCGGGGAGGUUGGACAGCCCCGGCCCCCAGCCCGUCCGUGCCACCGGCUACCGGCCCCCUGGGGCUGGUCCCCCCACAGCUCUGCGAGAGCCAGGGCAUCACUCCAGUGGUGACCCCGAGAGCCAGGCUUUGCAUGAAGCAUCUCGGUUCAUGGACUAGGACUUCUUCUUGUAUUUGUUUUGAAAGUUAAGGUUGGGCUCAUCGACAUUCAAUUUUGUUUGUUUCUUCUGCUUCCUGUUUCAUAUGCAUAAAGUGUUGGCAGCAACCACUAAUGAGACCUAAUUUUAGAUAUGAGAAAAACACCCAAAUAAAUCCAAUCCCAGUGAUUUUACUGUAAGGUCUUUUUACAACCUAAAAACGAGUACUUUGAUACAGCUGGUCAAAAUUCACCUUUUUUAAGCCCAUUAAUUCCCAGUACUGCUUGAGUUCUUCAGUUUCCUAAGCUUGCUAUUCAUCCAAAUCAUUUUUUAGAGUUACUAUACAAGGGUUUAACGAGUAGAUGUAUAUGAGUAAAUAUUACCUGUCUACCUCAAAAUAUGCAUACUGCUGAAGCAUUCUGUAAAACCACAUAUAAUCACAAUGCAGUUCUAAGUGUCACAUUAGAAUUUAGGUAUUUUCCUGUGAUGGAACUGAGGAAAGGUUAACUAAGAGCAUCCACAUCCAAAUAAGGUGAACUCACAGUCGAGAUGAAACUUUAUGUCGCUAUGAUAAUUGCAUAAUAUAUAUUUGUAACUUUGUAGCUCUCUUUGAAAUCACUUGAACUUGCUAUGGUGCUAAGCUGAUACCUUCAAAUACAGAGAGGCCAAGAAGUUGGAGCUGGGGUUGGCAUCUCCAGCUGGUCACUGGUCAUUGUGUAAUUCUGCUUUUGUAAUUUUGUUACCCUGACAAAACCUCAGCAGCAAAAGUACCUAUUUUUCUAAAAUUUGAUCAUGUCAGACUGUCUUGACCAUGAGACGAUUUCCUUGGCGAGCUUCUGCCUCUCGGCUGAGCUCUGUCGCCUUACGCAGUCUGGGGCGUGGGGCCAGGAGAACUUGACAUCAGCGGGCGUUCCAGGCGGGCUGGUUUCAUUUCUGUCAAUUUCAUUCACCAUCAAAGGCUGAAUUUUAUUUUUCUCCAGCAUGAGAUCCAGGGCCAAUUCGUGAUUGGACCUAUUAAGUCUUUUUUUUAACAGAUGGAGUUACUGUGAAGUGGUUUUCACAACUAUCUAUGCUGGUAAAGCAGACGCUGUCAGCAACCUUGCACGGCGUCCUCAGCAGCGGUGGGACGGAUGACCCAGCAUCCAGGCUGUUAGCCACGGUUUUCAUGAAAAUAGAAAAUGCAGAUAGAAUAUAUAAUAUUGAAUUUAAGAUUUGGGGGGUUUAAAAAGAAAACUUAACUUUAUAAAAUUAUUUAUUCUAUUUUAAGCCUUCUAUCCUAUUUUCCCAUCCAGUCGUUUGGUGUCAGUGGCCCAGCUUUACUUACAGGCAUAUAAAAUGAAAUUGUGAGAUGUUUUGCAAGCUUCUUCUUUUUACUUUGAGUAGCUUUUGAUUUGUAUGUUUUUGUUUUAUAUGGAUGAAGAGCAUUUUUAUGCUUUUGUGCAAUAGGUUCAAACAUGCAUAUAUUAGACGUGUUUAAAUUGUAAUGUAGCAUCUAUUCUGCUCAAUGGAAGGGAGUGGAGGUGGAGUUCAAACUGUGUACAUUCAGCUAUUCAGUUUCCCUUCUUCAUUGUUAAUAUGACAAGAAUGCUGUUAUCGGGAUUGUGUGUGUGCGUGUAUGUGUGCAAGAACUACCUGUCAGCAAUAUGUAAAGAUAAACGACUGGGCAAGCAGUGGCGGCCUGGCUGAGGGCUGGGCUCAUCGUCCCCGGCUGCAGGCCCCGGGCCCCUGCUUGCGGCAGUCUUCCUCUCUGGAGAUUGAUUGGCAUUGUUUUCUAAAAGAGGAAUCAUAGGUGGUAUUUUACAGUGAUUUGGAAUGCAUCGUUGGAUUAAAUGUUGCAGGAGCAAGCCAACUGGUUUAUACAUUGUAUGUGAGUGUGUGUUAUGUUCUCAAAACUUUGAAAAAUACAUUUGAUGCAGACAGUUGAAUUCACAAAAAUCCACAUUUCUCUAUUUCCUCAGGAAAUGCUUGACGCUCUGCCACAUCACGUGUGACCUUAAGGUGACAAACCAGUGCAUUUCUUGGCCUUGGUAUUUAAAUAAACCAAGGAAAUAGUUGCGAUGAGCAGAUUAGAAGUCCGUCCUUGAGAGGGCAUUGCCCGUGAGGCAGGGACAGGGCAGGUGACAGCCCGCUGGUAGCUCGGGGGCCCAGCCCAGGUCUCGGUUGGGGCUACGGACGACGGCCACAGGGGCUGCUUCGUUCUGUGUCACCGUCACGUGUAAUUCGCCUGCAGCCAAGAGUGAAUCUGAAGAACAGACUGAAGUUCUAAAUGUCACCUGAAAUGUAUGUGUAGCAUUAGUGUAAUUCUCUAUUCCAGUGCUUAACUGGGUAUAAGGAAAACAUUUUCUUCCCAAAUAAAACUGAUUUAGGAUUAAGGGACAACAAUUCAACCACUAAGCCUUUAUCAUCAGUGUAUGGCAAAAUAAAGAGAUGAAAGCUAUCUUGAUUUAUGGAAAUUAUCUUAAAGAUACAUAUUUUUGACUGUUUAAUUUGAAAGUUUACAUUUUUUUAUGCUUUGCGUUGGUGUGUAAUUUUUGUACUAUUGGUGGCUGGUUUUUGUCUAAAAUCUUUUUUGGAAUAUUGCUUAAAUGUUUUCAUUUUAUGAUAGUGAAGCUUGUAUCCAGUGUUUUGCCAAUUAAUAUUAUAUGCUUGUAAUAAAAGCAAAAGAAAAACAACUAAAAUUC